AUGCUUACCACAAAAGAUACGGUGUUAUGGUGUCGUGAACAUCGCUUCACGCCUCAAAAAUCAGAUCCAAGCACAUUGGUCGCCGAAGAGAUAACAACACUAGGCUAUUGCAAGUUUUGUGGCUGCAAUCGAGCAUCAGAUCACCAAGGAAACAUGGAUGAAUGUCCCCGUCGUCCUAAAGCAUGGUCCACCCGUAAACGCUAUGCCGGCAUCAAUAGUAUUACCAGUGUCACCGGUCUCCUGACCAAAUUGGAACCUGGCUGGGAUGAAGAAAAGGAAACAGACGAUAUGGACAUUGAUGUGGACGUCAAUGCAGCCGAAUCUUCAAAGGCAUCCGCUUCUACCUCCAGAUCGUCGGUUCACCAGCAAAUGAUCGAUCGAAUACGUGACUGGAAACUAACUCAGCAUAUGGAUGUGGCCAACGAGAGGACUUUGGAUUGGAUAUGGUCGGUAGUGGGUCAAUUGCAACUCAAGGGAAUGAUAGCAAAUGACAUGGCGGUUACACGCGACGGGCAAGUGCAACGGCUGGUAUCAGGUCUGGAUCUGCAGGCCGCCAUGGAGCAACGUCUGGUGGUUGCAAUUCACAAGAAUGAGGAGCUGGAUUUCCUCACGAAUCAGUAUCUGGGACCCGAGAAGAAGGAUCUUACCGACGAGGAAAUGGAUCCCCACGAAACCACGUGUACAAAAUGA